AUGAAGCAGAAAGUGUUGGUGACCUUCAAGGAUGUGGCCGUGACCUUCACCCAGGAGGAGUGGACACAGCUUGACCCAUCCCAGAGGACUCUGUUCCGGGAAGUGAUGCUGGAGACUUGUGGGCUCCUGGUCUCAUUAGGGCAUCAGGUUCCCAGACUGGAGUUGGUCCAUCUGUUGGAGCAUGGGCAGGAGCCCUGGACACUGAAGAGAGGCCUGUCACCUAGCACCUGUGCAGGUGAGGCGCAACAUCAGCCCGGAAAACCAAGCACCUUUCUUCCUGCGUCAUCUGAGGGAGGCCUAAGCCGGGGGUCCUCAAGGGACUCCAGGCUGGGGCAGUCUAGGGAACAGGACGGUCCGCAGGACCUGCAGGAAGGUCAAGUGAAGGCAGGCACACGCUCUCGUACGGAGACCUGUCCUGGAAAAGCAAGUCUUGAAGAAGACGGCUUGAGGGCAGUGGAUCAUCUGCCCCCCAGAGUGCUACCAGAGCGAGCCUUUCCUCAGGCUCUCCCUGAACGUGGUUCUCAGGAACCAGAGAAUGACAUCCUGAGCCGUGCAGGAAUGCAUCCCUACAAAUGUAAGCAGUGUGGGAAAGGUUUUAGCAGGAAGUGGUACCUUGUUCGACAUCAGCGAGUUCACACUGGCAUGAAGCCCUAUGAGUGCAAUGCAUGUGGGAAAGCCUUCAGCCAGAGCUCCACCCUCACCCGCCACUACCUCAUUCACACCGGGGAGAAGCCGUACCAGUGUGCUGAGUGCGGGAAGGCCUUCAAACGCAGGUCCUAUCUUGUACAGCACCGUCCAGUUCACACCGGGGAGAAGGCUUAUGAGUGCACUCAGUGUCGAAAGGCCUUCACUCACCGCUCGACUUUCAUCCGCCAUAACAGGACCCACUCUGGAGAAAGGCCCUUUGAGUGCAAGGAAUGUGAAAAAGCUUUUAGCAACAGAGCACACUUAAUCCAACACUACAUCAUCCACACUGGCGAGAAGCCCUAUGAUUGUGUGGAAUGUGGGAAAGCCUUCCGGUGCAGCUCCGAGCUGCUGCAGCACCAGCGGAUUCACACUGGGGAGAAGCCCUAUGAGUGCGGCCAGUGUGGGAAAGCCUUUCAUCGGAGCACGUACCUCAUUCAGCACUCCGUUAUCCACACUGGGGAGAUGCCGUACAAGUGCAUCGAGUGUGGCAAGGCCUUCAAGCGCAGGGCUCACGUCCUGCAGCACCAGCGGGUCCAUACCUGA